AUGGCAGUCAAGGACAAGCGUCAUGCAUUCGAGAAGUGGAAAAAGCCGGGGAAAAAGAGCAAACCUGGUGAUGGGCGGUACAUCGAGCUCACAAGUAUGAGAGCUGCUACUGCGCUCACUCCUGCAGACGAUGGAGAAGCACGACCCCCAUUACCACCCACACCAUCGCUUCCACCACCGCCCCCAUCGCCUCACAGGACGGCGUUCGCAGAGCUUAUGAACGAAGUACGGGCGGACGCGAAAGACGCUCCAAAAGUUCAAACGUCAAAUGAAAGUAAAACAUUACCACAGGGGAAAGCCACGUCCCAACCAAAGCAUGCGGGACGAAAGCCACAAGCACCAACCCAGCCAGUCGCCGACGGCCGUACGAACGACAAGCAAGAUGAGCUUGACAAGCGUGGGGAAGGCAUUGGAGGUGCCGGCAACACCUUAACUACCGCCGUGUCUUUAUGUAAGAAACAACACGCUGGCCUUGUCUGCCACUGGUCAGACUCUGAUCCUAUCAACCGCAAAGGGAAUUGGCGCCUGGAAAAGUUUGAUUACCAAGAAAACACUGCCAUAUUCAACAAUGGAGUGGAGGACCACAAACAAUGUGUUCCCUCAAAACCCAUAGAUCUUGUGAGCGAGCUGGCAGCGCGUGUGGUUCAGGAAUUCGAACGACGUCAGCACAAGAAGAGUCCGCUGUUUGACAGAGUUUUCCGUGUGCUGAGCGAAUUGUAUGUUCAGUUAAUGGGUGAUAUGGACGGACAUAACGAAAAAGGGAAGAAGAGCAAGGACGAAAGCAGCGAAAAGGGUGAGAAGGGUGCAAAGACUGUUGGGAGGACUGCGAAUCCAGCAAGAAGAGAGGCCGAAGUAUCCCGGCUCCGCAAGUUGAUGGAAGAGCAAGCUCAGUCCAGGGCUGCCGACCAGAAGAGGAGAGAAAGAAAAGCAAUUGAGCAAACGCAAGCGCAAAGGGCUGCCCAAGGCACGAGUGCACUUGACGCUUUGUCAAACACAAGGGUCGAUCUUGACACUUCAAAACGCGGAGGUCGAAGGCCAGAGGAGUACGAUAGAUCUUCAAAGCUUCAGACCAAGAGCGAUCUGGCCAUGACACAGGCAAAUAAGUCUAAGCACGAAAAAGAACCCAAAGCGAAAUGUGGGAAGUCAAACCAAAAAAAGGCCGUAGCCAAACCGCAUCUGACUGAGGCAGAGCGAGAGGCGCUACGUCGCAUCAAGGCUGCUCAGAAACAAGAGGCCAAAAAAUCGGAACAAGCAGAGAGAGAGGUAGAGAAGAGAAUGUUACGGCUAGCUGCGGAUGAGGAGAGGGCAGGAGGAAUGAUCGAAGAGGACGAAACAGACGAUGCUCUCGCGGACACCAUCGAAGAGGCUCUUCAAGACCUCUUCCCCCAAACCCUUCCAAGCAACAAGCGACCCUUGAAACCCACGCAGAAAAAUUCUACAAGAACAAUGCGACCAGCUAUCGAGUCUGCGACCAAUGGCCCUGAUGACCGAAUCUCCCCACCUCCGGCAAAGAAACAGAAGAGGGUCACCAAGGGACGCGCACGCCCUGUCAUUGAAGAUUCGUCUGAAGAAUCAGACAACGUGAAUGCACCCAAGGCUAGCACGAAAGCUGACGAGAUGGAAAAGCCUAAGGAGAUGCCGAGAGCGAAAGUUUCGUUGGCAAACUAUCUUAAAGCUAAAACUGCCGCCACAGCUGACGCGAAGAUUGUUGAUCAGACCGAGAGGGCAGAUACAAAGCACAUCAAGACACAUAAGUCGAAGGCCUUCAUCACAGAUAGUGAUCUCGAAGACGACGAAGUGAGCAAUGUGCAACUACUCACAGACAAGCUAAACGGAAAGGUAGUAAGUGUCGAGACCACUAGCACAGGAAAAGUUACAACUACCACAGAACAGGAUGGCAACAUUGUUGAAGAGGUCAUCGAAACUACCACAGUCGCCGUACGAGCCGGGCAGGAAGAUGGCUCUACCAACCGCACAGAGGUGACCGAGACGACAGUAGUCACCAGCGACUCUUCCGAGCAGGGAGACAUUACCGUAGAGCAUGCUACCCGUGCCCAGGCCGUCUCUGUACUUACGGUUCCAGAGCAAGAGCUGUCCCGCGACUCGCCACCUCCAUCACCAGAGCGCAAGUUACAAGUCGACUUCGAUGCAUUCAUGAACGCACAAGGUAUCGACUUCACCAUCAGUGCUCCUUCUAAUCCAAACACUCUGGCAGCCGAUGUGACUCCAUCCCCCCAUAAAAGGAAACUCGAAGUAGAUUCCAGGCACCAAGAACCCCCUCCCUCGCCAAAAAAAACGUAA